CUUUGCUCUGUAAAAAGUAACAGUGUCACAACAGCCAUCUCUCUUGGUCACGAAUGCUUGACAUAUUUUCCAAGAACAUAAAGCCCCCAGCCUAUUUAAAAGCCGGGCAGCUCUUCGCUUCAUUGUUAGAACUGAACCAAAAGCGUGGAUUCAUGAUUAUAAGACGACUUUAGGACAACAAGAUGGCUCCUGAUGACAACAAAACCAUGAAACCCCUUCAAAGAGUUGUUAAGAAGAUUAAAACGGCAACAUUGGUUUCCAGCUUAACCAGAGGUUGGCAGCAAUGGGCAUCAGAGCACUCAACAAAACAAGCACAAGAACCUUCAGGUUGGACCCCAGGUGAAGAAAAUGAUCCUGAAAAUCACAUAUCAACCUUGGAGGUGAAGACCAGGCCUAUUGCUGUUAUUGAACCUAAAAAGGAAGCCACAUGUCCCUCAGAAGUUAUAGCAGAGACCCACAUAAAAACCAAAGCGGUGACCAAAAGCUUUUCCAGCAAAGCUCAAGAAAGAGGAAUGGACAUUGGCUCAUUGACUGAAAAGUAUGAGAAAGACCCCAGCACGCAAAUACACAACAAAAACGAUGACUCGGCGGUGGACAAGUUACUGCAUGGGUCUCCGACAAGGAGAAGGAAAUGCUCCAAUUUGGUCUCACAACUCACAAAAGGCUGGAAGCAAAUGGAAAAUGAUGAUGGUGAAGAACCAGAGGAAGCUUCGAGGUCUUUACCAAAACUUGCUGAAUGUCGAAGUGAAAGUCUGGAAACUGAAGACAGCGGGUAUGGAGAAAAUGAGGGAGACACAAAGACAGAACUGGAGAAGACAGAUGUGAUAGAAGAGAAAAAGGAAGACACAGCCAGGAUUAAACGGCCACCUUCAGCCAGGAGCAACAAAGCUGUAGCAGAGCUUCAGGGCAUCAACAAAGCCUAUAAAAGAUACAGCCCUGUGAAUAACAUCAAGGGGAAAUGGGAGAAGUGGUCUGGGGAUCAUGUCCUGAGCCAAAAGCUGAAUCCGUUCAGUGAGGACUUUGACCACGAAUUCGCAAUGUCCCAGCGACUGCAGAAGGGCGAAGAAGGGUAUGGGCGUCCGAAAGAUGGAACCAAGACUGCCGAAAGGGCCAUGAGGGCCGAGGCACACAUACACCGGGAGAUGAGAGAUCUUUGCUUUAUCAUUUCAACCAUGGCCAAACCGGGGAAAAAUGGCAAGGUCCGGGUCACCUUCGGAGAACUGUUCGAUAGAUAUGUCCGGAUCUCUGAUAAGGUUGUCGGAAUCCUUCUUAGGGCAAGAAAACACGGAAUGGUGGAUUUUCCUGGGGAAAUGUUGUGGCAGGGCCGAGAUGAUCACGUGAUAAUAACCUUAUUGUAGCCGGGUUGUGCAUCAAUAUGAAA